AUGCCAAGUACUCUUAUAUGGGUAGAUAUAGGAUACGGGGGCAGUGUGUACCAUAGUCACCCGGGCGUUGUAACCGGAACUCAGUCCCCAUUGCGCACUUUCCUCCGCACCCCGCCAACCGUGACGGCUCACACGACCGUAGCCACGCGUACAGGCACAGAGACUCCCGCUAAAGCCCAGACACGGACUAAUACCAAGGUGCAAGGAAGGCGGAGGCCCUCUCACUCGCAGCACACCUCCACAAGGGGUGGCAAGUGGAAUGGGCAGAACACGAGAAACAAGGAGCAGCGGCCGAGCCAAAGCGACAAUCUGUUUGGCUGGGAGGCAGAAGCGCUGAGUAUCACGUGCACGCGAUUGGCUGUGACGUGUGUGGGUAACUUCUACUCGCACGUACAGAUCGCCAAGGCGGACAAAAACGCCACAGAUGCCUACGUAUGGAUGAUGGCCGAGCUCAAGCGGCUGGCCGAAUCUGUGGCAUUUGAUGCGCACACCCCACCGGUGGGUGUGCGACACAUCCACGACGCCCACACCAAACUCGCACUCAAUCUUCUCAGGAGUGUGCACUUUAUUGUGAUGGCCACAAAACGGGUGCAUCGGCCCCUGUCGCAGGAGGCGGUGGCGCUGGUGCUGAGGUACGCGUAUCAGACGGAACGCACCCAGGGCUUGGGCAAGGGACCGGUCACGGGUUUGGGUGCGCGCGGGUCAGAUUCGGUGGGUGGUGCGGGUACUGCAGUGUCGGGAGGUGCAAGUAUGGACAGGGCCACAGAUACGCACACAGGCGUUGAUGGAGAAGUGGGGGUCAGUGGUUUGCCUAUACAUGCGGCGAACGGGGCAACCGAUACCACACGUGUGCACGGCGGUAGAGACAUGCGCGGUAAGCCGGCGAUGGUGGGUUUAAAAACAUGCACCAUCUUCAACACCAAGCAGCAGCUGAUACCUGCGCUGCUGCUGACGGAGAGUGAGAUGUCUGAUAUGGCGACGGGUGACACGACGGAUAGCAACAGACCACCUGUCAGUUACGCACUCGCCGCCACUCAUCCGGCCAGAUCGGGUGUGCGCCAAAUACGCACAGGACGGAAUAAGGAUAAGCUUAUCCCGGGAGGCGAGAGGGGGGUGUAUGGAGGAGGCGCGGAUGGGCUCUCUCUCGCACACACACACUCACACACACACACACGCGCGCGCACGCACGCACGCCCGAGCUCAACUUGGGAGGGGGUACGACACAACGCUCUCACACUGCUGCAGGCCAUGGCCCGACACUCGCCCGCAUCGGAGAAGUACCUACUGUGGGGGAAACUGGGACUAUUGUCGAAUGCAUCGGGGGCCGCGCAGCCGGGAAAGGGGACUAGCCUUAUAUGGCUGCUGCGGCAUGUGGAUCUACCGGAGACGCGCGCCGAUGUGGCGAUGACGCUGUGCGCGUUUGUGGAGGGCACUCAGUCGUAUCUGUCUAUGGCCGAGACUCCCCCCGGGUGUACGGCCCCGCGCGGGUACGAGUAUGUAGGUAGAGAUAACGUAGGUAUGGAUAACGUAGGCGAUCAUAGAUCUGUUGACGGGGUGCAUGAGAAAGAUUCGGAGAGCACCCGCCAAGGGUUCAAACAGCCACGGCCACAGACACAAUCCCACACACACACACGGGAACAUGUGCCACCACAAACACACACCCCCCCAUCACAGACGCACACACACCCAAAGACACACAUGCGCAAGGCCACGGCCAAGUCCUCGCUCGCGUUCACGUCCCGGUCACAGCUGCUAGGGCACUCGCUGAUCUGUCUGCACACGGAGUUAGUGUCGGCACUGCACAAAGCGUCGGCUGAGCAUGACACAGGCACACAGAUAGCGUUGCUGAAGUGUCUGAGCAGCUGUGUAUUGGGCACCCCCUACGCUCGGCUGCCGCUGCAUCUGCUGUACAUGGUGGUGAGGGCCGUCUAUGCCAUGCUGCCCGAGGUGGCUGAGGCAUUCAUUCCCGCCCGCGCUCAGGGCCACGAGGGGUUGGCGUAUAAGCUGCAGACAGAUAACACCCACCCGCAUGGGCCCCCACACGCACACCCGCCCAGGCCUAACGCUUCUGCUACACUCACACACACCCGUACUGCAGAGCAAGCACAUGCGUGUGAGCUGUUAGUGGCCAUAAUCGUGUGUCUGGGUGCGGUGUGUCGGGCCGAUCUCCCGGGUGACCAGAGACUGCGACUGCUACGGUCGUGUGGUGGUAGUGUUCGCGUAGAGGCGCAUGAUUCGACUGUCGAUAAUACACAUGAGCAAUCUAUAAAUACACAUGGGCAAUCUAUAAAUAGAACCAAUGGUCGGUUCUCGGGCUACGGCGCAGCCAGACACGUGGAGAGUGACCACGUACUCGGCGAGUGUCUGACAAGACUGGCGACCAAUCAGAUCGUCGCAUGGGAGGUGCGCAAAGAAGCACUGCAGACGCUGUGCUAUCUCGCGCGGGGGCAUUUGGAGCUGUUUGAGCCGUGGUGGAGUAUCGGACAGGGCCUGGAAUGGCUGGUGAACACCACGCUGAGUUCACAUGCACAUACUGGUAGGUAUAUACCUACACCAGCAGAGGCAUACGCACUCCCACAGCCAGAGUCUCAGCCUCAGUCUCCUACACACACAAGGAAUAGGACGGGUGAGACGCCACGUGGGUGGGCAGUAGAGGCGAAUGCGAACGAAGUCACGGCUGCGUGUAGCGCGACCGGUUGUGAUGGGGGCGCCAGCGCAACUGUCGACACAGCCACAGCCGCUGAUGCGGGGGUAGCCAGUGUAGGUAGGCCGAGUGGGGCGGAGAGAGAGGCACAAAAGAUAGAACGCGAGAAAGAUGUCGGGGCAAAACUGGCUACCGGAUACGUGUUGGUGGAGUAUUUGAAGAGUCUGGAUGCGAAGAUAGGCGACUGGGAUGCAGGUGACGGUGUGGAGAUGGAGGGCCACGAGCAUGAGAGCGAGAGAUGUAUUGGAGAAGCGGUAGCGAUGGGAAAUACGGGCAAAGGCGGAGAUCAAAGUGUCAGUGGAGUUCUGAAUGAGCAGGACAAAGAACAGAAUGGUGUCGAACGGACUACUAGGCAACGCCACGCAGGAUCUGUAGGUGAGGGUGCGAAUACGCGGACUAAUACCGAAGGGGACAACACAGGAGUAUCCAGCGAUGAGGACUGCCAGUACGAUGCUGCCUUGAUGCAGAACCGAUCUCUGAACAAUCCGCCACCACUGCCAUCACCUGACCAAAGUAGUUUGACACUGACACUGACACCUGUCAAGGGCCCGGCCGCAGCCAGCGAGCGGUUGCUGUCGCUGGCAAAGGCAGUGCUGUACUUGUACGUCCCCAACCUCAUCAGCGAGGACGAGCCCUCUCUGCGUGUGCUGGCCUCAGACAUGUGUGCGUGCAUGAACCGGUGCACGGUAUCACAACUCAAACCACUGCAAGUGAUGCAGCUCAAGGUGGCCUUGCUGGGGCUCUCACAGGACACGGCCACUCAGGUGAAGUCGUCUGCCUUCCGUGCGCUGGGUAUGCUCGUGUGCCUGCAGCGUAUCCGCCGGGACGGGCUGUUCCUGAAUGAUCUGGCUGAGGUAGGUAGACGAGCCUUUGAGGUGCGUGUGCUGACGGUACGGCUGAAGGCUUCGUGGGCCUUGGCGUCGCUGUGCGAUGCGCUGGUGCGGGACCUGCUGGAGGGGAAAGAGGACCGGCUGAGUGGGCCGGAGGUGCAGGUUGUGGACGAAGGUAUGGGACAGGGCAUCCAGGGUGAUAUGUGGGACACUCUGCAUGCCAAGUUGCUGGCCAUAGCCCUGUCGGCCUCAGACGAUAACGACAAGGUCCUCAUCAACCGCAUCCGCAUGCUGGGCUGUCUGGUGCGCCUGACCGGCACCCCAACGGUCCCCACAGACCAGCACACGGUGCAGAGGGCCAUAGACUGCAUUACACAGACAAUCGGGAAGGGGUCUGCGAAGCUUCGGUGGAAUGCCUGCUAUGCCAUGUCCCACGUGUUCAGUACACCCCACGUCACGCCCCGCGCGUACCAGGAGGGUGUGCGUGCGCUGUGUGUGGCAGUAAAGGAGAGCAAGAACUUUAAGAUCCGUAUCAACGCGGCCCAGGCCCUGUGUGUUCUGGACAGGGCCGACAGGCUCAAAGUGUCUCCGGUGGGAGACGGGUGCAAUGCGGAUCACAUACACACCGCACAGGCACACCAUACGCCGGUUGGUUGCAAAAGUGCGGGGCGGGGUUGCAACGGUACGUCCGCGGUGUGUGUGGACACGGACUCGGCGAAUAAGCAGAAUGGACGUACCAGCGGAGACGAGGGGGAACUCAGUGUCAGUGGUGUCUGUACCAAGUUUCCUGGGGACUCUGGUUGCCAGGCAACGCCUGCACGGCCUGUGUACCUUUUGUACGACGUGUUUGAGGCUGUCAGCACGUCUCUGCGCAACCUGGACAGAGUGGACGAGGUCGCUGAGUACCGGUACAGGAGCAGUCUGGAGGAGCAGCUGUACCGGUGCAUCAUCCAGAUUGUGGGGCUGUUCACGGUGCAGGACAUUGACCACACGCGCGAGGCGUACACGCGACUGAUGCGGUGGACGGUCCAGCAGAAGCGCAACCGCCUGUCGCAGAUGUACUCGACGUGUGCUGAGGGUGUGCGUUUGCGUGUGCGUGUACCUACGAUAGCCCCACCUACGCUAGAGAGACCUAUUGCGGCGGAGUCCACUCUAGCAACGCCUGCAAGCACGAGGUCUGACGAAUCGCCUUCUGCACUUGCUGGUGCGAGUAUCUAUCCACCGGUGGCCAUGGCAACGGUGAGUACGCCUCCUGACAGUGAGUUCGGGUGGUUGAAUGAUACCGUUGCACUGCUGUUUGUGCGAUCCGCGCACAUGCGUGACAGAGUGUGCACCAAUGAACCCUGUGGAGACGUGUGGAAAGAAGUGUGGGAGGCGUAUGAUGAUGUGGUGCUGUUCGAGGCCCAGAGAUUCAGAAAUGCAUAGGCAUACGCCAGAUGUCUUGCUAGUCUUACUGUUUUGUAUAACGCUACGGAAGUGAAGGGGAGAGUGGGAUGCCCCUGACUGUGCUGCCUGCUGAGGUUUGAAGUUCAGCGGCUGAUGAUAUGGUAGACGUAUGCGGAUGGUCUUGCGUUCUAUAUACACGCAUCGAAAUACUCGUAAAAAAAAGAAAUGUUACACAAAUCACUCUGGCAGCAUCUCCUGAACCACUCCAUAGGGUAGACCUCUGUAGUUCAAUAGUCUCAUUAAGGAGCUGUACCCUUGUGGUUAUUACAUCCCCCCAGGAACGGGUAGGUCCUGGCUGCAGCGUUUCUUUUGCCACAAGGGAAGCAAUACCUGUAAUCGAAAAAUUCCGCUCUAGGUAACAUUUAAAUAUAGCACUACUACUUUCUGGC